AUGGAGAUCAGACCACCAGAGUGUUGCUAUGAAGGCUUAAGGAGUAGACCGAGUCUUCUGCUUCCUUUGCUGCCUCCUAUGGAAGUACACAAACUUGGCAAGCCACAGUUGGCUCUCUUCCCAAGUUCUGGGAAACUUUACAAGGAUCACAAGGAUUGGUACAAGUUGCCUGAUAAUCUGCAGCAUUCUCUCUGUGAUUUAGCUGCCAUUGUGUUAGCAAAUUUCCACAUAUCAUGUGCUGGAGAAGAGAAACGAGUUGGUACACGCACAGUGUUUGUUGGCAACCAUUCAGUUUCAGGAGCAGAAGCUUACAUUGCACAAAGAUUUUGUGAUAAUAGAAUAGUCUCAUCUAAGUAUACACUUUGGAAUUUCCUCCCAAAGAAUCUGUUUGAACAGUUUAGAAGAAUCGCAAAUUUUUAUUUUCUCAUCAUUUUCCUUGUACAGGUCACAGUAGACACACCAACUAGCCCAGUUACCAGUGGACUUCCACUUUUCUUUGUUAUAACUGUUACAGCCAUCAAGCAGGGAUAUGAAGAUUGGCUGCGACACAGAGCUGACAAUGAAGUCAACAAGAGCACUGUUUACAUUAUUGAAAAUGCAAAACGAGUGAGAAAAGAAAGUGAAAAAAUCAAGGUUGGUGAUGUAGUAGAAGUACAGGCGGAUGAAACCUUUCCCUGUGAUCUUAUUCUUCUAUCAUCCUGCAACAGUGAUGGAAUCUGUUAUGUCACUACAGCCAGUCUUGAUGGGGAAUCCAAUUGCAAGACACAUUAUGCAGUACGUGAUACCAUUGCACUGUCUACAGCUGAAUCCAUUGAUACCCUUCAAGCAACAAUUGAAUGUGAACAGCCACAACCUGACCUCUACAAGUUUGUUGGGCGAAUCGAUAUCUAUAGUGAUAGUCUUGAGGCUGUUGCCAGGUCUUUGGGACCUGAAAAUCUCUUGCUGAAAGGAGCUACACUAAAAAAUACCAAGAAGAUAUAUGGAGUUGCUGUUUACACUGGGAUGGAAACCAAAAUGGCUUUGAACUACCAAGGGAAAUCUCAAAAACGUUCUGCUGUCGAAAAAUCCAUUAAUGCCUUCCUGAUUGUAUAUUUAUUUAUCUUACUGACCAAAGCUGCAGUAUGCACUACUCUGAAAUAUGUUUGGCAAAGUACCCCACACAAUGAUGAACCUUGGUAUAACCAAAAGACUCAGAAGGAGCGGGAGACUUUGAAGGCUUUGAAAAUGUUCACCGACUUCCUAUCAUUUAUGGUUCUGUUCAACUUUAUCAUUCCUGUCUCCAUGUAUGUCACAGUAGAAAUGCAAAAAUUCUUGGGCUCCUUCUUCAUCUCCUGGGAUAAGGACUUUUAUGAUGAAGAAAUUGACGAAGGAGCCCUGGUUAACACCUCAGACCUUAAUGAAGAACUUGGUCAGGUUAGAACAUAUCUUUACUUAAAAUAA